AUCUCUCGCCCCUUCGUCUGCUCUUCGCUUUUCGGCUACCGCCAACAUGAGUUGUCUCAGGAUGCGUCGCACGCAGCUUGCAAGCCAGCUCGCGAGGAGUUUCCGCCCGACCACACGAGCUUUCUCGUCAACCCGACCCGCGCAACGCAUAAUCGCUACCGAGAACCUGAGGGCAAAGGAAGCGUCAGGCUUCAUUUCCAGCAAGUAUCCCAUCAUUGACCACGAAUACGAUGCCAUUGUCGUUGGUGCUGGUGGCGCUGGUCUGCGAGCUGCAUUUGGUCUCGCUGAAGCUGGCUUCAACACGGCCUGUAUAUCCAAGCUUUUCCCUACUCGAUCGCACACGGUAGCUGCGCAGGGUGGUAUCAAUGCAGCUCUUGGAAACAUGCACGAGGACGACUGGAGGUGGCAUAUGUAUGACACUGUCAAGGGCUCAGAUUGGCUUGGUGACCAGGAUGCUAUCCACUACAUGACAAGAGAGGCACCCCAGUCUGUCAUUGAGCUUGAGAACUACGGUUGCCCAUUCUCAAGAACCGACGACGGCAAGAUUUACCAGCGUGCCUUUGGUGGACAAUCGCAGAAGUACGGAAAGGGUGGACAGGCCUACCGAUGCUGUGCUGCUGCCGACAGAACUGGUCACGCUCUCCUGCACACGCUCUACGGACAAUCUCUGCGCCACAACACCAAGUACUUCAUUGAGUUUUUCGCUACCGAUUUGAUCAUGGAAGAUGGCGUCUGCAAGGGUGUCGUUGCAUACAACCAGGAGGACGGAACCCUCCACCGUUUCAUUGCAAAGAACACGGUCUUGGCCACUGGUGGUUACGGACGUGCCUACUUCAGCUGCACUUCGGCUCACACUUGCACUGGUGACGGUAUGGCCAUGGUUGCUCGUGCAGGCCUGCCCAACCAGGACAUGGAAUUCGUCCAGUUCCACCCCACUGGUAUCUAUGGAGCUGGUUGCUUGAUUACUGAGGGAUCUCGUGGAGAGGGUGGCUACCUCCUGAACUCUGAGGGUGAACGAUUCAUGGAGCGCUAUGCACCAACCGCCAAGGAUCUUGCUUCUCGCGACGUUGUUUCUCGAUCAAUGACUCUGGAAAUCCGCGAGGGCCGUGGUGUUGGACCUGAGAAGGACCACAUCUACCUCCAACUCAGCCACCUGCCUCCUGAGGUUCUCCACGAGCGCCUCCCUGGUAUCUCUGAGACUGCUGCCAUUUUCGCCGGUGUCGAUGUUACCAAGCAACCCAUCCCUGUCCUUCCUACCGUCCACUACAACAUGGGUGGUAUCCCCACCAAGUACACUGGUGAGGUCCUUACCCAGGACGCACAAGGCAACGACCAAGUUGUUCCCGGUCUGUUCGCUUGCGGUGAAGCCGCCUGCGUAUCUGUCCAUGGAGCCAACCGUCUUGGUGCCAACUCCCUCCUCGACCUGGUCGUCUUUGGUCGUGCUGUCUCCCACACCAUCCGUGACAACUUCAGCCCUGGCCAGAAGGCAGACCCCAUAUCUGCUGACGCCGGCGCCGAGUCCAUCGACGUUCUGGACAAGAUCCGUACAUCUGAGGGCUCAAAGUCGACCGCCGAGGUCCGCCUACAGAUGCAAAAGGUCAUGCAAACUGAUGUGGCCGUUUUCCGAACUCAAGAGUCGCUUGACGAAGGUGUUAGGAAGAUUCACGAGGUUGACGCCGACUUUGUCAACGUUGGUAUCAAGGACCGCAGCAUGAUCUGGAACUCUGACCUUGUCGAGACGCUUGAGCUAAGGAACCUGCUUACUUGCGCUGUUCAGACGGCUGAAUCUGCCGCCAACCGCAAGGAGUCGAGAGGUGCACACGCGCGUGAGGACUUCCCCGAGCGUGACGACGAGCAAUGGAUGAAGCACACACUAUCGUGGCAGAAGAAGCCACAUGGUGAGACCAAGCUCGGCUACAGGGCCGUGACUGGCGUUACGCUGGACGAGGCCGAGUGCAAGGCUGUGCCACCAUUCAAGCGUACCUACUAGAGUAAGAAUGGGGGUGGGCGAUUACACGAGGACAAUGUUUUGUAUUUUAUGUAGAGUGGCCAAUGGGUUGGGAUUGGGCAGCACAUGUUUUAGCAUGUUUUUUUGAGUGCUUUGUCGUUGAAGAAAAGAAGAAAAACAAUCAAUAACUAAAGGUUUUCAAGCUGC